AUGGUCCAGGUCGUUCUCACUGGUGUUUCGGUGGCCUACAAGAUCGGUUUCACACAUGAUCCGUUGGAAAGAGUGCAGGGCUACCUGCAGGACGGAUACAGCCGAAUGCACUUAAUUUCCGUGUCGGUGUCGAGCCUGCUUGCCAAGUUCAAAGAGUUUGGUUUUGCACUGGACAUUCCAAUCUCGAAGAUAGAUGUUGGCUAUCCGAAGGGGCUGAUGCCAAUGAUUCGGCCUACGGAUUUCUAUGCACAUCUGGCUGGUCUGGACAAAAUCAGCCUACUGUACGCAGAGCAGGACACACAAGUCCUCAGCAAGUUCUGGGCCAGGUUUGCCGUCCUGGAGCCUUGGAAUACAAUCAACGACUCUUUUGAGGCUGGAACAAUGGUGCCAGAGAGAACCAUACCACUGCUACUACACGGGGACGAGGCACGAAGCAGAAAGCACCUUCCGAUGAUGGUCGUCAACACACACCCAAUUAUCGGAUACGGUUGCAAAGCUUACGAGAACUGGUUUUCAGAUGCUCCACUGAUGAAAAAUCAGGCUGGUGGGGUGAGUCUGAAAGGAUCAGUGCUUGCGACCCGCUUUUUGCACUUCGUCAUGCCGAAGAAGUGCUACGGUCCGGACAGUGUUUUUCUCGACCGGAUGUUUGAUGAGCUGGCAAAAGACCUUGCCAGACUGCAGACGGAGGGCAUCCAGGUGAACGGCGAGCGGUGGCACCUGCCAAUCAUAGCAGCCACCGGAGAUUGGCAGUUCUUCGCAAAGCUGGGCCGGCUGACUCGCUGCUACACGCAUGUCAGCAAGCGAUCUGGCCAAAAGACCUUGAAUGGGAUUUGCCACUUGUGCUGUGCUGGACAGGCCAACUAUCCUUGGGAAGACUUCGUGGAUGCUCCGCUUUGGAUGCCAAGUGUCGGGACCGAAGAGCCUUGGGAGCAGACGCCCUCGCUGAUUCGGCGGUUGCAUUGUGAUUCUUCGAAUCGGGCCACGUUUUUCCGGCCAGACUUCUGGCACUGCCUGCACUUAGGUGCAGGAAAGGCAUUUAUUGCCUCGGCCGUCGUCGAGUGGCUUCGUGUGGUUCCUGGCUGCUCGGAUCUGCAAAGCCCGCAUUAUACUUGGCUGACAAACCGCAACGAGAAGCUCUACUGCAGAUGCAUUUCCGAGACAACGAUGGGCUUCGACAGUUUGCAAAAGCUGCCAUCUGGAGGGUGGCAGAAGGCGAGUGACACGACUCUGUUGAUGGAGUUCCUGGAACACUUCUGCGAGUGUCACUCCGAGGUAGCACGAGGCGAUGCCAUUCUUCACUGGGUUUGGGUGGCUGCUACCAACAUCAACUUGAGCAUCCGCACACUCUAUCAGGGCGGCCUCUGGUUGGACCAGCAUCAUGGCCGCACUGCAGCGGUUUGUGGCCUCAACUUCCUGAAGGCCUACGGACACCUCGUCUCCCUGUGUCUGCGAGCGGAUCGAGACAGAUUCCCUGUGACGCCCAAGUUUCAUAUGCUGCAUCACCUCUUCUUGGAGCUCAAAAUCAACAGCGGCAAACACUCUUGGGCAUUAAACAUGUUGGGAACUUCCGUGCAGCAAGACGAGACCUUCGUGGGCAUCCUUGGCCGCCACUCGCGACGAGUUGGACCAGUGCACACCGCACUACGGUCGCUGCAGCGGUAUCUGGCCCACGCCGCUGAGCAUCUGACUCCGGAGUUCCGGCAGGUGUGA